UGAUAAUUGAAAGCUUGUGCCAUCCAUUAUGGCGUCCCAAGAUAUCGAAAGUGCAACGACGGCUUUACAGGUACAACCUGAUAACAAGGCCCGCAGAUAUGACCGCCAGCUGCGCUUAUGGGCUGCUACGGGACAAAGUGCUCUUGAAUCAUCCAGGGUUCUCGUUCUGUCUGGUUCUGCUACUUCCACUUCGAUCCUGAAGAAUCUUGUCCUCCCUGGGAUCGGUCACUUCACUAUCUUGGAUCACGCCACAACCUCACACGCUGACGCAGGCAAUAACUUCUUUUUAGAAGGAUUUGAAAGUGUCGGGAAACCAAGAGCGUCUGAAGCAGUUAGGCUUCUUCGCGAACUCAAUGAUAGUGUCGACGGCCAUGCGGACACUCGACAUCUGAGGAGUGUCAUUGAGUCGGACCCAGAUUGGCUAGCUUCCUUCACAGUUGUUAUCGCCCAUAAUCUAGAUAGUCAAAUUCUGGUGAAGCUGUCAUCACUGUUAUGGGAGCAUCCAUUGCAUCCGACCCUCAUCGUUGUUCGCUCCGCUGGAUUUCUGGCUGAAUUCUUUAUUCAGGUGCAUGAACAUACUAUCAUCGAAAGCCAUUCAGAAACUCUACCUUCUCUGAGAAUCGACAAACCAUUCCCUGCAUUGAAGGAACAUGCACUUUCUCUCGAUCUCGCAUCCAUGGAUCCGACAGAACAUAGCCACAUACCGUAUGUCGUCAUUCUUGUCCGUGUCUUGGAAGACUGGAAGAAAUCGCAUGGUGGUAACCCUCCCAAGACGUACUCAGAACGGCAGGAGUUUAAGAAGAGUAUCCUUGCGCUCAAAGUCAAGCCUGACGAGGAAAACUUUGAUGAAGCAGAAGCACAAGCUUACCGCUGUUGGACUGAAACAACCGUCCCCCCAGGAAUUGCCUCGUUGUUUGAUGACCCAGCCAUUUCUCCUGAGGCUCUUAGCGAAAGUCCCUCAUCGUUCUUUCAUCUGCUCGCCGCCCUCAAGAAGUUUACGGAACAAUCUGAAACCCAUACCCUUCCCCUUACUUCCACAUUACCUGACAUGAAGGCUGACACAGCCAACUACAUCCACUUGCAGAAGUUGUACAAGACACGGGCUGAGGAGGAAAAACACGCUUUUAGGAGCCAUUUGCGUGCACCAGUGGAUGACGCGACGAUCAAUCUGUUCGUGAAAAACGCGCAUGCCCUUCACGUUAUUAGGGGGGCUCGAUGGGAUACCCUCGAUAACACAGUUCUUGCCAACGCUUUAACUGAGAAUCCGAAGGCAGCCUGCCUACAUUUGUCUCUGUCAGCCUUGUCAGCGGUGAGGGAGCAAAGUCCUGGCUGGCCGAUAUCUGCGGAGGCUCUUCGGAAGCAGGUAAGAACCGUGGUUGGCGACGAAGUCGAACUCCCGGAGUGCCUAGAUGAUUUCGUUGGAGAGAUUAUUCGAGCACCAUCUGCAGAACUUCAGACGACAGCAGCUUUCCUUGGGGGAAUAGUCGCUCAAGAGACCAUAAAGAUUAUCACCAAGCAGUAUGUUCCCGUGAGAGGAUAUUGUACGAUCGAUUUGAUUGAGACAUGGACCGCUGUUAUUGGAUCCUGACCGUGAAGGACUCCCAAUACUUCGAUCUUCCUGUAGACACAUGCGUUCGCACCGGGUCAAUGGGGUUACUGCUGGAAUUCAGCGUGACUACUGGGUCACCCAGCACAUCGACCGAUAAUUUGAUCUUGCAACAACUCCUGUCCGUAUCUGGUGUUAUUCCUGCACCUCCUAUGCAACAUUGCUUUUCUUGAUCA